GCGAGGGAGGCGGAGCUCUGGGCGAGCGCAGAGGAGCCUCCAUGAGCAGGCAGUGCUCACCUGUCGCCUCGGUUUUGAGGGGACUCGUCGCCCCCGCUUUGCUCUGCCUGGGGCGGACUAUGAGCCUGCGUGGAGCUCCGGCUACCUGCUUGUCGGGGCCCUCGGGCGGCGGCGGCGGCAGCAGGAGCUCUAGCGAAGGGGGAGGCGGCGCCGCCGGUGGUGGUAGCGGCGGCGGCGCCUCCCCGUCGUCAUCGUCUUCGCCCGGGCUGAGCCUGCUGCGGCUGUCUGAGGUGCCGGGCGCCGAGCCCUUCAAAGCCAACGACGUACUGCUGCUGCCACCCUCGUCUGCUGCCUUGCUGGAGCCGCCUCAGCAUCAUGUCAUCUAUUUCCCCGGGGACGUGCAGAACUAUCAUGAAAUUAUGGUUUGCCAUCCAGAAAAUUUCCAGUGGGAACGAUGGUGCUUAGAAAAUGUUGCUGCUAUUCUUGGGCGUCGUUUCCCAGGCAGUUACAUUUGGGUUAUAAAAAGUUCCCGUAUGCAUUUGCACAAAUUCAGCUGCUAUGAUAAUUUUGUGGCAAGCAAUAUGUUUGGAGCACCUGAACACAGCAUUGACUUUGGAGCCUUCAAACACCUUCAUGCAUUACUAGUUAAUGCAUUUAAGCUUGCUCAAAAUGUUUUGCUGUCUCAGAAGGCCAUGUAUGAUUUCAGCACAGAUGCAAAGGCAAUUACUUCUGAUUUACCUACGGUUGCUACUACUAAUGGAUGUCCAGCAGCAGAAAGGGAGAGAGAUUGUGAACGCUUCAAUCAUUCUACAAUGAGCUUUAUUGAGCCUUCUGUUAUUGGUGGAGUGUCAUUCACUUUGAUAGGGUUCAGUAAAGGUUGUGUUGUCUUAAAUCAGUUACUUCAUGAACUGAAGGAAGCAAAAAGGGACAAGGACAUAAAUGCCUUCAUAAAAAACAUAAAAGCAAUUUACUGGCUGGAUGGUGGUCAUUCUGGAGGAAGCAAUACUUGGGUGACCUACCCUGAUGUGCUUCUAGACUUUUCACAGACUGGGAUUUCAGUUAAUGCUCACGUCACACCAUACCAGGUAUUUGAUACAAUGAGGGCAUGGAUUGGAAAAGAGCACAAGAGAUUUGUACAAAUUCUUGAAGAGCUUGGCGUGAAUGUAAAUAGCCAGCUUCAUUUUGCCGAUGAAGUAUCUUCUUUAGACAACCACUUCAGAGUACAUGAAGUAUUCUGACAUUGUUAAUAUAACAAUACUGUAUUAAUUGCAAAAAUACAUCUUAAACCUUGACUUAACUGUUUGAGAAUGUGCGUUUUCCUAUGUCCUGGAAGGGGAAAUACUAUGGCCUGUGUUAGUGUUUGCUUUUUAAGACAAACCUUGAUUAGUAUCCAGACUUUAACUGCUUUUACAACUGAAGAGCCACAAGAAAUAUAUGGCUUUAAAGGUAAAUCCUUUUGCUCUGAUAGAGACUAAGAUUCCUGAACAAAAGCAAUACCAAUUCAUCUGAAACCUCUUUAAGCGAGAUUGAAAGUUUGCUUAACGUUUGCUUUGCCUGUAUGUUUUUUUGUGGCCAAAACUUUCACAUCCAGGCUUCAGAAAUAGCGUUCUAAAAUGUUUCUGGUGACUUAGGAAAUUUUUGUUUUCAAGCAUUUCAAAUGAUUCAUCCUUUUAUUUAGAAGUGUUAACUCAACAGUCAUAGGUUGCAUUGAUAACAUAGUUUCUUAGCACUUUGGUAUAGCACAAACAAUACAGUAAGUUGGUUAUUUUGAUACAUUCUAAGACUUCAGUGGGACUAAGUAUAAAUUACAUUUUCCUACAGAAAUAAGGUUUAUUAACUACCAUGCUGUUGUAUCAAGGGUGCUCUACAGUUUCUAACCAUUGCUGAACAUCUAUUAGUGAAUAGGUUUUUGGAGACUUAAGAGUAUUAAAUAUCUAUCUUUUUUUAUGUGACCAAGAAUGUAUACUCCUUGUUCAACAUUCCCUAUAAAUACUGAUACUUGACUAUCUCUUAAUACAUUUUUGAACUUUUAUAACUUGAGACUGUUAGACCCUUUGUGACAAAUAGCUUUUGCUAAAAGUUAAGCUACAGGUAACUACAAUGCUAAUAUUUUAGGUUAUGUUAAGUUUCAGAAUUAUGUUAGUAACAUAAGUAUUUGAAAAGUUCAUAACACAGUGGCUAUGAUUUGAUAACAGGAACAUGAAGCGGUAGACUCUGCAACCUCCGAGACUGCAAGUCUACAACAGUGUAAAGCACCUUGAUAUCUAUGUAGUUAAGAAAUGAUUUAGAACUAUCACUAAAACUACUAUAGCACUUUCGAGUAAUGUUGUAGAGUACCUUUAUAAAUUGUUUGGAACUCAGCAUUUGCAAAACAGUACAUUGUAUGAAAAUGGAAUGAUCAAAAUAUGGUUUAAAUCUCUAAGAGUAACAUGUUCAGGAAUCUUUCUGUCCUCAGAAUAUCUAUAUGAAAAAUAUUGGUAAGAGGUAGAGUGAUAGUAAUCAAACUGGAGCUAUUAUCAAGAACAGAAGUUUCAGUAUUAUGGGUUGUAUCCAGUGAUAACUUUGCCUUAAGUAGGAAGUGCUUCUGCUUGUAUAACCCAAUUUUCACAAACUUAUUCUUCCUAUUGCACCUUUCUGCACCACAUUCCAUUAUAUUCUGGAGGUUUCCCCAACUCUUGGUAGGGGAGUUGUCAGGAGGCUUCCCCUGAUUCCUGUUCAGAGGGGAUAGGGAAUCAAGUGACUAAGGGGAAUCAGUGAAAAUUGGGUGCCCCGACAUGGAAGAAGAGAAUCACUUACUGCUUAUUAUCCCAUCUGUAGACUAUUCUACUUUGGAGUAUGAGUAAACUAUAUAAAUGCAGUAUUCAAAUGCAGUGUUUCAGAGGGAGGUGGGGAGAGUGAUUCUCAUACUUUCCUAGAAAAGUAUCAGACAUGAAAUAAGUUCUGCCCAUCCAUGAUAGACAUCUGUGGUGAUCCAGUGGUUCCUUGUUGGCACUUGAGAGUUUGCACACUGACCCCUUUUGCCUAUUCAUUUCUGUUCAGGGGUACAUGCGAAGGAACGUACACAUGAAAAUAAAUGGGGAGGUCAGCUUGUGUGGGCACUCUUGAGUAUGCUGACCAAGUGCACAAACUGUUUGGGGGUUGUGUGUGUGUGUGUAUAGCCAGAAUACCAGUGUGCAUUAGUUGAAUGUUAGCAGUGUUCUUGAAGUUCACACAUUCCAGUCAGAUAUUUCUGUAGCAUUUUGAAUUACAUGUAAGAGGUAAGCAAGGUUUUUGCACCUCAGGUUUUGGAACUCACUUUACAAAAUAAUUGAAAGCAUCCCUUUUAUUUGGGGUGGCUUAAAAAUCAGUCUUGAGACCAAAAUAUCCAGCAUUUAGCAGUCAUUUCCACUUUUGAUCUGAAAACAGAAGUUGAAAGUUAGUAAGAACAAUAGGGCCACAGCUAGACCUAAGGUUUAUCCUGGGAUCAUCCAGGGUUUGCCCCUGCCUAAGCACUGGAUCCCCUGUGUAUCACCUAGAUGAACAGGUUUGACCCCUGGACAAUCCAGGGAUAAACCUUAGGUCUAGCUAUGGCCUAGGUCAGUUUUAUUGUGUGGGAAAGUACCUUUUAAGUUCCUAAGAAUGGGUGAAAUCCAGUUGUGUCCAUCCAGUGAUGGAAUAGCAUCUGCCAGUGGAGCAGAUUCCCUGCAGCUCCCUGUCCACCCAAAUCUGCUUUGGGGGGUUGGGGGAUCCUCCAGAGCAGAUUUUGCAGGUAUGAAGGAGGAAGAGAGGAUGGGAAAGUUCAAUUGUGCAACAUUGGAUGAAGCCCAACAUUUUUAUCAGAAUAUAAAUGUGUUGGUUUUCUGUACCAAUAAUUCUUUUUUCAAUGUGGCAGACAGAAACUGCUACUGGCCAUUGAAAGCUGCUUUAUGAAUAAGCACUUUGGUUUUUUUCCUGCCAUAGGUGUUGAUGUGUUACAAAAUGGUUCUUCUAAGAUUACUUUUUCCCUCCAGAGUAGAGGUAAACUAGCUACUGUUAGGUUUCUUCAGGUAAAUGGAGGACUCCUGGAUUAUACCUCUUUUCAUUAUAUAUGUGAAACAUGCAGACUGUAAGAUGGAAAAAGCUAUAACUGUAGAUAAAAUAUAGUUCCACAAUAAACUGUUUUGAUAUUUGUCAAAUUGAUAACAUUAUGUUGUACAAUUCCCAUUAAUAUUUCAGGUUUCAGAAAUGUUUAACAUUAGCAUCUCUUUGUAAUCUCUAAAUGUUCUGAAUCUGAAAAAAAUAUUGUAAAGCAAUAAGGUUACCAGUUGUUCCAGCCAGUUCUUUAGCUGUUCUGAUUGAUAGGUAUGUUUUUGGUGCAGCAUUUAAGAAAGUGCUGCCUUGUCAGAUGGACAAAUCUGUCUUUCUACAAUGUUUGCAUUUUUCUGAAGCAAAAAAAUCAUUCUGUCAUGUUUCUAAAUCUGUUAGCAAAUAUUUGGUAAAAUAUCUGCAUGAAAAUUCUUGUGCAUUUUUGUGCGAAUGUCCCCAUAUGUAUGUGUUUUGUGCACAAUUUCCCCCAAUGUGUGCAAUUUUUGGUCAGCGAACUGUGGAAACCAAGGAUAAUUGCUUUCUGUAUUAGUUUAGGAAAUGUGAAUUACCUUGGUUUGCAUUAAAAUGCAAAUAGAUUUCUCCCCCAUCCCUAGACGGGUGGGUUGUGUGUGUGUAUGUGUAAUUCUAAUAAGUUUACCUUCUGGCUUCCCGAAUGCAAAAUUAAAGAUCGCUACAUUGUUUAAGAGAAAAUAUACCAAAGUGUGUUCUGACCUUAAGAUAUUUUCCUCUUGGGCAAAAUACAAAUGUAUAUAAAGACUGCCUGUUUUCUGUUUAUUAGAACAGUGUUGUUACCCAUUCAUGUGAUAGGAUGCUAUUUUCUCUAAAUUAGUGCUGUUAACAAAAGAGACUCGCUGAAUAAUCUCUUCAGUGUUGCAAGGCCCAGUUUUUCCCUCACAAACUUCUCUUACUCUGACAGUAGCGCCUUCAUUAGUACUGUGUGCCACAUCAGAUAAAUCCACAGCUCUUGACAAGUUGCACUCUUAAGUACUCCACUGGAAAGCAAUAGGUUGAACAAAGUGGCAGUGGAAAACUCCUUUGCCUUGAAAAUGUUUUAAAAUGCAACCUAUUUAUCCUGGACUGAUCAGUUCCCUGGAAAUACUGUACCAGUUUUGCUACAGAAAUGUAUGUUAUUUCUCUCACAUUGAGGUCUGUUCAAGGGACUGUUAAAUUAGUCCACCUUGUUUAGAUAAGAGUUUAGAUAAGUCUGUUGACUGUCACAAAAAGA